AUGGGGAGUUUUAGUCUCUUUGCAGAAGGCAACUUCCAAGCAGCUUUAGAAGAGCUCGAAAAAAAUCGGGACCAAAAUAAGCAUAAUCUUGAGGUUGUGAAAUAUUAUCGACAAGGCUGCAAAGAUCCUCAAGAGCUUUUAGAUCGGAUGAUAUCCCUUGACUGCCCAUCAGCAGUAAGCAUCUACAAUAAUUUUUUAUUUUUUUUUAUUUUUUUUUAUAUUUUAUUCUUUUUUCCCUGAAUAUUUUAUUUUUUUUAUAAAACAAUCCCAAAAUCUUUAUAUAUCUAAAAUACCAUAUUAAUUUUUUUAAAAAAAAAAAUGUUCUACAAUAAGAGAGUGUUUUAUCAUUUUAUUUAGAACACUAUGGGGCAGUUCUUCAAUACCUUACACCUCUUUGUUCAAGCCUUGACUGCAUUGACGACUAUAUAAGUAUCAAAAUUUCUUUUCUACGAAUUGAGACUUAUCUUGCAAUGGAACUCAAAGAAGAAGCCAACGCAGCCUUAGAAACCUUAGAAAAAUCAGGGAUAUAUUCAAGCGUGCUAAAACUUAACCCAGAAAAAGGCAUUUUCCAUCCACUUAUUAUAGGAAGCUGGGUCGAUGAUAAAUCAAGUGAUGAGCUUAGCGAAGGGGAAUAUUGGUUCGCUACAAAUGUCCUGAGAUGUAGAUACCAUUUAUUAUUAUCUGAAGCAGAACCAGCUAAAAAAGCGCUAAAUGAAGCUGAACAAAACUGGGUGACCAAAGUAAAAUCAGAAAAUUAUGACCCUGAGAUGUUUGCGAUGCUGGCUUCACAAUAUUUUGCUAUUAAGAACUACUUAAAUGCAGAAAUCGCAUAUACAGAAGGAAACAUGAACUCUACACUUCAGCAUUUAAAUAGAGCCCAGCUUGAAAUUUUGCCCGUUUUAGGUGACCGGCAAUCCCACCCGUCCUGUCAGCCAUCAAAAGAAAAACUAAGUCACCCUAUUUUCCAUUACAACAACCUUGGCUGUAUCCAUUUACGCUUAGGAAAGCCAAAACUGGCACGUUUUUAUUUUUCCAAAGCUUGUGGGACUCUCAGAAACCAAACUUUAAUUGACAGUUCUAAGCCUCUUGCCACUAUAACUCAUUAUGCUUCACAAAGAAGAGGGGAACUCCUAUAUAACUCAGCGUUAUCCUUUAUUAAUUCUCAUAAGCCAAAACAAGCUUUAGACUGUCUGCAUGAAAUUGCUUCAAUAAUGCAAGGAAAACCACUAUUCUGGUACCGAGCUGCUGAAUGUUAUGUAAUGCUGAGCCUACAAGGACUUGAAAUCGGGAGACGAGAGAUGCUGAGCGAUAUUUGUAUGUCUCAAAAUGAUAAAAAAUAUGUCCUUCCGUCCAAAGUGACGUAUAUUUUUAAAGACGAAGAUGAAAAAGUGCAAGAAGGGCCGCUUGAAAAAGCAAUAAAAUGUUUAAGAAAUGCUUUGACACUGUGCAAGGACGAAGAGCUAAAAGUCCAUAUUUUGCUAUUACUGUGUUAUUCUGCUAUGAAUUCUCAACCUCAAUGUGCGUUAUCUUCAGCCCAGCAGCUUUUGCAUAUGGAUAUAACUGAUCCUCAAAGAUUUAUUGCUACAAUGUAUGCGUCUGAAGCACUGCUUAUUUUAGGAAAGCCUAGACAAGCUAUAGAAUACCUUUCUCAUAUCCCAAAAGAAUUAAAAAUAAAAUGCCACUCCACUUUGUCACCGAAUUCAGCAGUGUUUACUGAAGACCAAAAUUCUAGAUAUGCAAAUUUGGGAGAAAUUUUAUAGAGAAAAUACUUACUCCACCCCCCCCCCUCCGUGAGCGAACAAAACCAUUAGAAAAAUCGCCAUUUUUUGACCAAAAACCACCCUCCGUGAGCGAACAAAAAUUUUUUUAAUAGAAAAAAUUUUAAUGGAAAAAAAUUUUGAUAUAUAAGUGAUAAUUAGUAUAAUGAAAUCUAGAGCUAAUUCUGUUUAAUUUUAAACAAAUUGCGUUUUAAAACAUAAAUUUUGCAAAUUAAAUUUAAUAUUUGCUUCCCAAUUUUUGCAAAUUAGGAUUUUUUUAAUUUCGAAAAAAAUAUUUUUUAUAAAAUUUAUAUAUAAAUUUUUUUUAAAAAAAAAAAUUAAACCCCCCUCCGUGAGCGAACAAAAUUUUUUUGUUCGCUCACGGAGGGGGGGGGGGGAGUUAAUAUUUUCUAUUUUUAUAUAAAAAAUUUGAUAUUUAUUCUUUGAUUAGGUGCAGAAUUUAAUGUGAAAAUGCAUAUACCAAACUGAAUAUUAUCCUAAUAAUUUUUUUUAUAAGGGAUAUAGCUUGUAUCUAUAUGUAAAAUUAAUAUAGCUCAGCAUAUAUUCAAAGCAUAAAUCUCACCUGUGCCCAUUUGCAUUCAGGCAACAUUCCUCUCGCACAGCAAGCUUUAAAUUCCGCUUUAAACCUUCUAAACAUUACUUUUCAGCCUCAAACUCAGCCUUCUCAGCCAGUCCCAGCUCCUAUCCUCAGUCUCGCUAUCUAUAUUUCUCUAAAACUUGGAAACCACGCCCAAGCUGAACAAUUAAUCAAAACCAGACAUAUCUUUUCAGGCAUGACUUAUAGCAAAGCAACCCCCGAUAACAGCACUUUCCUCUAA